GAGAGUAUGGGUUAAUCUGCAGUACAUUGAAGCUGAGUUUUGGUGUGAACAGCGUCUGUUGGUCAAGAACUUUGGCUUGUUUGGGUUGAGGAAGAACUUGUCUUUUAUCAUUCAUAGGAGAAUCAGCCUUUGAUACAAACCCACAAAGCGAGUAGAGGUGAAAGUCCCGUGGCAGGGUGAUCAAGGAACUCUCUGUUUGUAGGAUAUUAGCUGCGGGCGAGGGGGGAAAUAUCGAGCUCGUUGACUCUGGCCUGGAACCAUUACCUCGCCCUUUCCCAGUGGAGCGAAAGGGACCACCAUUGGGUGAAGUCCAAACCGAUAUUUCUGAUUCUUGCAGCCGGCGUCAUGGCCACUGUGUUGCAUUCAGAGUCCAGACGCUUGUACUCUUGGUGGUGGGAUAGUCACAUCCCAAAGAACUCAAAAUGGCUUCAGGAGAAUCUUGCAGAUAUGGAUACGAAAGUCAAAUCGAUGAUCAAACUCAUUGAAGAAGAUGCAGAUUCUUUUGCGAGGAGAGCAGAAAUGUACUACAAGAAACGUCCAGAGCUCAUGAAACUGGUGGAACAGUUUUACAGAGCUUACCGUGCAUUAGCUGAGAGGUAUGACCAUGCGACAGUGGAGCUUCGCCAUGCUCAUAAAACCAUGGCAGAAGCAUUCCCAAACCAGUUGCCUUUCGACAUGAGUGAUGAUUCCACAUCGUUUUCUUCUGAGCCUCGUACCCCUGAGAAAAUGCCACCGCGAAUUCAGCCAUUUUAUGACUCUGAAGACAUGCAAAAUGAUGGUAGUGCAAGUAACAAGGGCUUAAGACAAGUGAAGGAGCUAUUCAGGAAUCCAGAUGCUAAUAAAGCAGAUACAGAAGUUGAAGCCUUGAAGAGAACUUUAAUGGAACUUCGGGCUGAGAAGGAGGCUUUGAGUCUCCAGUAUCAGCUCAGCCUGAACAAACUAUCCAGGCUGGAGAAAGACCUUGACAAUGCUCAAAACGAUGUGAAAGGGCUUGAUGAUCGUGCUUCCACAGCCGAGAUUGAGUUUAAGAUACUGAAGGAAGCCCUUGCAAAACUAGAAGCCGAGAGGGAUGAUGGACUUCUUCAGUAUAAUCAGUCGGUGGAGAGAAUAGCAGAGCUGGAGGCUUCGAUUUCACAAGCACAAGAAAAUGCAAAGGGCCUCAGUGAUCGAUCAUCUAAAGCAGAAACAGAAGCUCAUAGUCUCAAGCAAGAGCUUUCUAGAUUGCAUGCUGAGAAAGAAGCUGGGUUAGCCCAAUACAAGCAAUGCUUGGAGAUGAUAUCUGCUUUGGAGAAUAGAAUCAGAGAUGUUGAGGAGAAUACCCGGAUGUUUAAAAAUCAAUCUGAAAGAGCAGAGGAUGAAAUUAACGCAUUGAAACAAGAACUUGUGAAGUUAAAUGAAGAGAAGGAAGAUCUGAAUCUUCAGUACCAGCAGUGCUUGGAGACCAUUUCAAAGCUAGAGAAUGAACUUUCUCAUUCUCAAGUCAAUGCCCAAAGAUUGAGCAGUGAAGUUCUGGCUGGGGCUGCAAAAUUAAAGACUGUGGAGGACCAGUGUGCUCUUCUGGAGAGCUCGAAUCAAACUCUGAAGGCCGAAGCAGACAAUCUAAUGCAAAAGAUAGCAGCCAAGGACCAAGAACUUUCAGAGAAGCAAAAUGAUCUUGAAAAGCUUCAGGCUUUACUCCAAGAAGAAUUCUCUCGGUUUUCAGAACUUGAAGUCAAUCUUAGAAGCUUGAAGGGUUUGCAUUCUCAGUCUCAAGAGGAACAGAAAGCUCUCACCUUGGAACUUCAAAGUCGGGUUCAAAUGUUGAAGGAUCUGGAGAUGCAUAAUCAUGAGUUGGAAAAUGGCAUCAGCUCGGUUAAAGAAGAAAACCGGAACUUAAGUGAGUUGAAUAACUCUUCCACCAUCUCCCUUCAGAUUCAGCAAUAUGAGAUUUCUAGUUUGAAGGAGAUGAAAGAGAAGCUCGAGGAAGAAGUUGCAAGACAAAUGAACCAGAGCAAUUCCCUUCAAGAAGAGAUCUACCGUCUGAAGGAUGAAAUUGACAGCUUGAACAGAAGAUACCAUAUGUUAAUGGAGCAAAUCAGGCUUGCGGGUUUGGAUCCUGAAUGCCUUUCUUCCUCUCUGAAGAAACUACAAGACGAAAACUCGAAGCUGAUUGAAUUGUGCGAUAACCAGAAAGGUGAGAAGGAAGCUCUGACUGAGAAGUUGCGUGAAAUGGACGUCAUUUUACGGGAGAAUGUUUUUCUGGAGAAAUCGCUUUUGCAAUCAAACACCAAACUGGAAGGCUCUAGGGAGAAAGCAAAUGAUCUGCAAGAACUAUGCCAAUCUUUACGGGGAGAGAAAUCCGAGCUUGUUGCUGAGAGAGCUAACCUGCUAUCUCAGUUACAACUCAUGACAGAAAAUAUGCAAAAGCUUUUGGAAAAGAACACCUCGUUGGAGAAUUCUCUUUCUGGUGCAAACAUCGAGCUUGAAGGUCUGAGGGAGAGGUCAAAAUGUUUCGAACAAUUCUUCGAGUUGUUAAAAAAUGAAAAGGCUGAACUAUUAAAGGAAAGAGAAUCUCUUGGCUCUCAGAUGAAUCGGGUUGAGGAGAGGCUAGGAGUCUUGGAGAAGAAAUUUUCGGAAUUGGAAGGGAAAUAUACUGAUCUGCAGCGGGAGAAACAGUUCAUGAAUUUUCAGGUGGAAGAAUUACAGGUUUCAUUAGCUACUGAGAAGAAAGAACGGGCUAUUUAUGAACGUUCGACUGAGACCAGAUUGGCUGAUCUUCAGAAAAAUGUAAGCUUUCUUCGAGAAGAGUGCCGAUCCAGGAAGAAAGAGUUUGAGGAAGAGCUUGACAGAGCUGUAAACGCUCAAGUCGAGAUCUUCAUCUUGCAGAAGUUUAUAGAAGACUUGGAACAGAAAAACUUUUCUCUCCUGAUUGAGUUCCAGAAGCAUGUCGAGGCAUCAAAAUUCUCCGAAAAACUUAUCUCCGAGCUGGAAAGCGAGAAUCUUGAGCAGCAGAUGGAAGCAGAGUUCUUGUUGGAUGAGAUUGACAACUUGAGGGGUGCCAUCUAUCAAGUGAUGAAGGCCCUUCAGCUCGAAUCAGAUUAUAAGCUUGCAGACUGCAAGAUUGCGAAAGAAUGGAUUCCUGUUUCACGUAUAAUGGGUGAGAUAGAUUCCCUAAAUCGGUUGCGUUCCAGUACCGAAGAUGAGAUGCAGAGACUUGUAGUUCAGAACUCAGUGCUAUUAUCUCUACUUGGACAGUUCCAGUCAGAUGGGUUGGAAAUGGAAUCUAAGAAGAACAUCCUUGAGAAGGAUUUAGAGGUGAUAAUAGAGCAGCAUGAACUGCUGAAGAAGGACAAACAAGAGCUACUGGAAAUGAACCAGCAGUUGAAAUCGGAAUUGAUCAAGAGAGAGCACCGGGAGCAAGAGCUAAGGGUCAAAUUGCAAACCGAGCGUGUAAAGGGCGAGAACUUGAACAAGGCAUACGAGUUUUUGCAACAAGAGUAUUCCAAUGCACUCGGCAAAAUCGAAACUUUGCUGCAGAAGUUUUCGGAACUUAAGUGCGAAAUGUGUACACUUCAGGAAGAAAAUGAUGCAAUUCUUCAGGAAGCUGUUGCUUUAAGUAACAUGUCAGUGGUUUACCACUCUGUUGGGGAUGAAAGAGCUAAACAAGUCAAAGAUUUUACCGAAAAGAUGGAUACUUUGGUGGAAAUUAACUCCAAUCUUAAACAAAAGCUCGAAACAAUGGAGGAGAAGUUGAGAGAAAAAGAAGCAGAAGGGCAUGAGCUUAGCAAGAAACUGGAGAAGUUACAGGAAGGAUUCGAAGAGGCAAACGAGCUGAACGACCUCUUAGAGAAUCAAAUUUCAGAUAAAGAUGAAAUCUUUAGACAAAAGGCUGUAGAGCUUCUCGAGGCAGAACAGAUGCUCAAGGCUACACACAAUGCAAAUGUGGAAUUGUGUGAAGCAGUUGAAGAGCUGAAGAAGGAAUGUGAAGAAUCGAAGGGAAUGAGGGCAAACUUAGAGAGACGGAUUUCUGAACUUCUGGAACUCAAGGGGAGGCAGGAAGAAGAGAUCGUAAAGCUUAACACUUUGAAUGAAACCUUGGAAUCUGAGGUAGAGUUAUUACAUCAGGAAAUCCAAGAACAGCGCGUUCGAGAGGAGUAUUUGAGUUUGGAACUGCAGGAGAAAACCAAUGAGUUUGGACUUUGGGAUGCAGAAGCUACAUCUUUCUAUUUCGAUCUUCAUAUCUCAGCUGUCCGAGAAGUUUUGCUCGAGAACAAAGUUCACGAACUCACUGGAAUUUGUGAGAAUCUCAACGAUGAAACUGUUGUGAAGACCAGAGAUAUAAGACAGAUGAAAGAAACAGUUGGGUUCUUGGAAAACGAAAUCGGUGAACUGAAGGCUCAGUUAUCUGCUUAUGAUCCUGUUGUAGCAUCACUGGCCGAAGAUAUAAAAUCUCUCGAGGAAAGUGCCUUAUCUUUGACGAAACUUCCAGCAACAGUUGAUCGAAGCAGAGAGGAAGGACAGGAGGAGCACUCGGAAGCUACAGUCUCCCGAGAAUCCGAAGGGCAAAGCGGUGGAACACCAGGAGACAAGAUUGUGCUUCUGCGGGAAAUGAAAACGAGAAUCAAAACCAUUGAGCAGGUAGUUGUGAAUGAAAGGGAUAGACUUGUUAAGCAGAGAAGGAGAAGUUAUUCGAAUAGAAGCAGAGACCGGAGGAAGGUGGAAGAAGACAGAUAUCUCGACGAAAAGGUCUCUGGUGAAAUCAGACCGCGAAGAUCAAGAGCGAGAAUGUCCGAGGUGAAAGGCGGGUUAUUGAUGAAAGAUAUUCCUCUUGAUCAAGUUGCAGACAGAAGUCGGGGAACUAGUUGCGGUUCCAAUGAUCAAAUGCUCGAGUUGUGGGAAGAAUCUACUGAACUAGAUGCCAGCAUAAAGUCUCUGAUCAACCGUAAUAACUCGAAAAAACCCGUAAAUUCUCGUAUCCAUCGCAGGAGUAGGAAUCCAUCGGCGGAAUUACAGUCGGAGAAAGUGGUCGGAGUCAUUGACAAGCUCGAGUUAUCUAGAAGUAUCGAAGACACUGUAAAGAUUCAGGAGAGACUUCUGUCUGAUUCACGGAGACUGGCAAGCCUUCGAGUAAGCAUUCGAGAUCUGAAAAACAAGCUGGAGAUGAACGAGAAACAAGGCAGAUUCAGUAACCCAGAGCACGAAAAAGCGAGGAGAAGGUUGAGAGAGAUGGAAGAAACGAUCUUGCAGCUGGUGAACACGACCGAGAUACUGUCAAAGGAGAUCGAAGAAACUGGAGAUGCCAGAGAUAUAUACAGAAAGGUGGUAAUGGAGAGAUCGAAAAACGGGUCUGAGAAGAUCGAGCAGUUGCAGACCGAGAUGCAGAACAUAGAGAGGACGGUUCUUAAGCUUGAAGAUGGAGCCAAGAGCAGAUUAAGGAAGAAAUUCUCGGAGAAUCGGACAGUGAUUCUGUUGAGAGACAUAAUCCACAAGGGCGGGAAAAGGACAGCGAGGAAGAAGAAGAAGAAUCGAUUCUGUGGCUGCAUGAGAUCUCCAGCUAAUGAAGAGUAGGGGGUGGUGAAUAACAUAACAAGCAUCUAAUUUACUGUCCUUUUUUCAUAAUAUCUCCAUGGACCUGACUCUAGACAGAGUUUUAUGUUAAACUGUUAGGGCAAGUUCUGUCUGUAGUUUCUGUUAAACUG